AAGAUGUGAUCAACGUUACAUAUGACAGGUGAUCCGUGAUAUGUGACUAGAGACGGGAACAUUGAACAUUAAUUAUUGAAACAUUUUCGAUUGAAGUUUAUAAGUACUUCGUCAUUCUACAAAAAGCUGUGGAAGAAAGACGAGAAACAGAUUUAAUAAUUAAAGGACUUCAAUAACAAUAAAACAUGGCAAAGUUGGAAUUAGUGCAAAAUUUAAUUGGCCAUAAAGGUAUUGUUUGGAAUGUAUCGUGGCAUCCUCUUGGUAACAUGUUUUCGUCUUGUGGAGAAGAUAAAAUUAUUAAACUAUGGAGUAAAGAAGGAGAUAAAUGGGUUACAAAAACUGUGUUGGUGGAUGGCCACCAACGCACCAUAAGAGAAGUUGCCUGGUCUCCAUGUGGAAAUUUUUUAGCCUCGGCAAGUUUUGAUGGAACAACAGCAAUUUGGGACAAAAAGAGUGGUCAAUUUGAAUGCAAUGCGACCCUUGAGGGACAUGAGAAUGAGGUUAAGAGUGUUUCUUGGUCUCCAUCUGGAAAUUUACUAGCUACUUGUGGAAGAGAUAAAUCGGUUUGGGUUUGGGAAGUGGCUGGUGAUGAUGAAUAUGUCUGUGAGGCAGUGCUGAACUCACAUAACCAGGAUGUUAAAAAAGUUGUAUGGCAUCCAACCUCAGACAUUCUGGCUUCUUCCUCUUAUGAUAAUACUGUGAAAAUAUACAAAGAAGAUCAGUUAGACAGUGAUUGGACCUGUAUAGCAACCUUGCAAUCACAUGAUUCCACAGUUUGGAGUUUGGCUUUCGAUAAAACUGGCAAAAGAUUAGCCACAUGCAGUGAUGAUAAGACUGUGAAAAUCUGGCAAAGUUAUGGUCCUGACAACCAAGAGGGUGUUAUAGUUGAUGGUGAAGAUGCAACAUGGAAGUGUGUGUGCACAUUAUCAGGUUACCACACGAGAUGCAUAUAUGACAUAUCUUGGUGUCAUACAACUGGAUUACUUGUUACUGCAUGCGGCGAUGACAUUUUGAGAAUAUUCAAAGAAGCAGAAGAUUCUGAUCCGAACGCACCAUCUUUUGAUCUUAUUUGCACAAAACUUAAUGCCCACUCUCAAGAUGUUAAUUGUGUGCAGUGGAAUCCUUCCGGCAAUGGUGAACUGUUGUCAUGCAGUGACGAUGGUGAAAUAAGAAUAUGGAAGUUUAUCAUGGAAUAGAUAGAUAGAUAUAAGAUAGUUAUUCAUUUUACUUGUUAAUAGGACUUCAAUAAUAUUGAUGAUAUUUUGUACAUAAUGUUGAUUAUUUUAUGUGUAAUAAAUGGUUUACUACAA